AUGUAUCUAUCGUUAUAUCUGACUCUCUCUCAGUCUGUCUAUCGAUCAAUCUAUUUGCGUCUUUUUCAUAUCUAUCUAUCUAUCUAUCUAUCUAUCUAUCUAUCUAUCUAUCUAUCUAUCUAUCUAUCUCCCUUUUCAUUUUCCAAUCUAGCUAGCUCAAUCCUUUUUCAUGUAUCUAUCGUUAUAUCUGACUCUCUCUCAGUCUGUCUAUCGAUCAAUCUAUUUGCGUCUUUUUCAUAUCUAUCUAUCUAUCUAUCUAUCUAUCUAUCUCCCUUUUCAUUUUCCAAUCUAGCUAGCUCAAUCCUUUUUCUAUCUAUCUAUCUGACUCUCUCUCAUCUGUCAUCAAUCUGCGUCUUUUUUCUAUCUAUCUAUCUAUAUCUAUCUAUCUCUCUCUCCUUUUCAUCUGUCUAUCAAUCCUUUUCAUAUCUAUUUAUCUUUUAUCUAUCUAUCUAUCUAUCUAUCUAUCUAUCUAUCUAUCUAUCUAUCUCCUUUUCAUUUUCCAAUCUAGCUAGCUCAAUCCUUUUUCAUGUUUAUCUCUGUCUAUCUAUCUAUCUAAUCUAUCUAUCUAUCUUUUUUCUAUUUUUCCUAUCUAUCUAUCUAUCUAUCUAUCUAUCUAUCUAUCUAUCUAUCUCAAUCUUUUCUUUUUUUCCAUCUAUCUAUCUAUCUAUCCUUUUCAUUUUCAAUCUAGCUAGCUCAAUCUUUUUCAUGUAUCUAUCGUUAUAUCUGACUCUCUCUCAGUCUGUCUAUCGAUCAAUCUAUUUGCGUCUUUUCAUAUCUAUCUAUCUAUCUAUCUAUAUCUAUCUAUCUAUCUAUCUAUCUAUCUAUCUCCUUUUCAUUUUCCAAUCUCUAGCUAGCUCAAUCCUUUUCAUGUAUCUAUCGUUAUAUCUGACUCUCUCUCAGUCUGUCUAUCGAUCAAUCUAUUUGCGUCUUUUUUUUUUCUAUCUAUCUAUCUAUCUAUCUAUCUAUCUAUCUAUCUAUCUAUCUAUCUCCUUUUCAUUUUCCAAUCUAGCUAGCUCAAUCCUUUUUCAUGUAUCUAUCGUUAUAUCUGACUCUCUCUCUCAGUCUGUCUAUCGAUCAAUCUAUUUGCGUCUUUUUUUUCUAUCUAUCUAUCUAUCUAUCUAUCUAUCUAUCUAUAUCUCCUUUUCUAUCUAUCUAUCUAUCAAUCCUUUUCAUUUUCCAAUCUAUCUAGCUCAAUCAGUUUUUCAUGUAUCUAUCGUUAUAUCUGACUCUCUCUCAGUCUAUCUAUCGAUCAAUCUAUCUAUCUCCUUUUCAUUUUCCAAUCUAUCUAUUAUCUAUCUAUCUAUCUCUAUCUAUCUAUCUAUCUAUCUAUCUAUCUAUCUUUCAUUUUCAAUCUAUCUAUCUAUCUCAUUUUCCUUUUUCUAUGUAUCCUUUUCAUGUAUCUAUCGUUAUAUCUCUCUCAGUCUGUCUAUCGAUCAAUCUAUUUGCGUCUUUUUUUAUCUAUCUAUCUAUCUAUCUAUCUAUCUAUCUAUCUAUCUCCUUUCAUUUUCCAAUCUAUCUAGCUCAAUCCUUUUCAUGUAUCUAUCGUUUAUCUAUUUCAUUGAUCUCUCUCUCACUCAAUCCUUUUUCAUGUAUCUAUCGUUAUAUCUCUCUCUCUCAGUCUGUCUAUCGAUCAAUCUAUCUAUUUUUUUUCUAUCUAUCUAUCUAUCUAUCUAUCUAUCUAUCUAUCUAUCUAUCUAUCUUUCCCUUUUCAUUUUUUCCAAUCUAGCUAGCUCAAUCCUUUUUCAUGUAUCUAUCGUUAUAUCUGACUCUCUCUCAGUCUGUCUAUCGAUCAAUCUAUUUGCGUCUUUUUUUUUAUCUAUCUAUCUAUCUAUCUAUCUAUCUAUCUAUCUAUCUAUCUAUCCCUUUUCAUUUUCCAAUCUAGCUAGCUCAAUCCUUUUUCAUGUAUCUAUCGUUAUAUCUGACUCUCUCUCAGUCUGUCUAUCGAUCAAUCUAUUUGCGUCUUUUUAUCUAUCUAUCUAUCUAUCUAUCUAUUUCUAUCUAUCUAUCUAUCUAUCUAUCUAUGUAUCUAUCUAUCUAUCUCCAUCUGUCUAUCGAUCAAUCUAUUUGCGUCUUUUUCAUAUCUAUCUAUCUAUCUAUCUAUCUAUCUAUCUAUCUAUCUAUCUAUCUAUCUCCUUUUCAUUUUCCAAUCUAUCUAGCUCAAUCCUUUUUCAUCUCAAUCUUUUUCAUCAUCUAUCGUUAUCUAUUUGUCUUCGAUCAAUCUAUUUGCGUCUUUUCAUAUCUAUCUAUCUAUCUAUCUAUCUAUCUAUAUCUCCUUUUCAUUUUCCAAUCUAUCUAUCUUUUCAUGUAUCUAUCGUUAUAUCUACUCUCUCUCAGUCUGUCUAUCGAUCAAUCUUUUUGCGUCUUUUUCAAUCUAUCUAUCUCAAUCUAUUUUUCUAUCUAUCUAUCUAUUAUAUCUUUCUCUCUCUUUUCAUUUUCCAAUCUGCUCUCAAUCCUUUUCAUGUAUCUAUCGUUAUAUCUCUCUCUCUCAGUCUGUCUAUCGAUCAAUCUAUUUCGUCUUAUCUAUCUAUCUAUCUAUCUAUCUAUCUAUCUAUCUAUCUAUCUUUCAUUUUCAUUUUCAAUCUAGCUAGCUCAAUUUUUUUUUAUCUAUUAUAUCUCUCUCUCUCUCUCAGUCUGUCUAUCGAUCAAUCUAUUUAUCGUCUUUUUCAUAUCUGUCUCUAUCAAUCUAUUAUCUAUCUAUCUAUCUAUCUAUCUAUCUAUCUAUCUAUCUAUCUAUCUCCCUUUUCAUUUUCCAAUCUAGCUAGCUCAAUCCUUUUUCAUGUAUCUAUCGUUAUAUCUGACUCUCUCUCAGUCUGUCUAUCGAUCAAUCUAUUUGCGUCUUUUUUUUCUAUAUCUAUCUAUCUAUCUAUCUAUCUAUCUAUCUAUCUCUCCUUUUCAUUUUCCAAUCUAGCUAGCUCAAUCCUUUUCAUGUAUCUAUCGUUAUAUCUGACUCUCUCUCAGUCUGUCUAUCGAUCAAUCUAUUUGCGUCUUUUCUAUCUAUCUAUCUAUCUAUCUAUCUAUCUAUCUAUCUAUCUAUCUCCUUUUCAUUUUCCAAUCUAG